ACUCUCAUUAACCACCAAAGAUCUUCCUCUUAACUCCUCUUCUCCAAGCACCAGAAAUUGUUAGGAGCUUAACUAUUUGAGAAACAGAAAAAGCUUAAGCGACUCCCUCACAAACAAACAAAGCCUUGGUGUUUGAGAUCUCAUAUGGCGGAAGUGGCUGCUAAGGAGGAACCGAGUACGGCGGCGGCAAUGACGACGACGAUUAUCGACGAGGAGUACGAGUUCUCGGCGCCGCGGUUCUACGACUUCGUGAAGGAAGAGACUGAAGAGGAAGUGCGAAAGGCCGAGCUCUGGUUCGACUCCGCUCUCGCCUACGCCCCGUCCCCCUGUAUGCCUAGAAUCAGGACUGGUAGGUCUUUUACAGUUGAGAGCUUAUGCAAUUUCAAUGAAGCAGACCAAAUGCAAAAGAAAUCAGAGUCAUCAGAUACAGAAGCUACUGAUAAUAACUUGGAAACUAAGCCUAGACUGGAACCUAUGCCUGCUAAAUUCAAGGAACAAGAAGUGACACCCAGUGAGGCCAAAGAAGAAAGCAAUGCCAAUGUGGUUUCUGCUGAUAAGGUUACAAUUGAAGAUGACAAAGGGCAGGGUGCAUGCACUGAAGAAAAUGGAAGUUCAAGCAUCUGCCAGGUUUCUGCUGAUAAGGUAACAAUUGAAGAUGACAAAGGGCAGGGUGCUUGCACUGAAGAAAAUGGAAGGGUUUCUGCUGGAAGAACCUCUUCCAGUGUGAAGAUAGUAGAAGUGAGUGACGAUAAGUUGAAUAGCAAAUCCAAUUUUCAUGUAGGAACCGAUGCUUGCUGCACACCUAAGCCGACAAUGACGUCUCAGAAGGGAGGCCGGGUGACGGAUUCCAAGAAGCACCAGACAGCUAAAAAGAUAGCUAGUUUGGUUAGGAACCCAUCAGCGCUGAAGCCUAGAAGUCAGUUGCCGUCAUCGCAAGUCAAAAGCAUCAAACCAUCAAGUGUGAAAAGGGACACAAAUGUGAAAACUGGGACUCCCAACCUAGCUCAAGAUAACCAGGCCAUUAAGCGGCAGAAGUUGGAAGGAGGAAGAACUAGACAGAUACUAAAUGUCAAACCUCAAUAUUUUCCCCACAAGUCAAAACUUGGUCUUACCAGUGGUACUUCCAACUUAUGCUCUUCAACUGCUAAUAAAACUAAUAAAGAAGACAGAAAGGUUUACGUACGGGAACCAGCAAAACCAUUUGUUUCAAUGGCAGAAAUGAUGAGGAAUUUCCAAUCAAGUACCAAGGACUUGUCACUGCCACAUGUUGAUGCUGCUUCUAAACUAACAUUGACAAGGCCUAAGGAACCCGAACUUGAAACUGCCCAACGGGUUCGCUCAAUUAGGGUAAAAAGUACUGCGGAGCUUGAGGAAGAAAUGAUGGCGAAAAUUCCAAAGUUCAAAGCUCGACCACUAAAUAAGAAGAUUCUCGAAGCUUCAACACUACCCACAAUACCAAGAAGUACACCGCAGCCACCAGAAUUUAAGGAAUUCCGUUUGGAGACCAUGGCAAGGGCCAAUCAGAAUGCAGAAUCAGCUUCUGUAGCUUCAACGGAAGUGUCCCAUCAGAAUAAUCCAUGGAAGCCUCAUCUGACUACACCUAAAACCCCUGUACUUCAUACAUCAUUGAGGGCCCGUCCCCCCAGGGUGAAAACCUCUUUUGAACUUGAGCAGGAGGAGCUUGAAAAAAUUCCUAAAUUCAAGGCUAAGCCUUUGAAUAAGAAGAUCUUCGAAAGUAAAGGGGAAUUGGGGUUGUUCUGUCAUGCAAAGAAACAUGUAACAAUACCUCAAGAAUUUCAUUUUGCAACGGAUGAGAGGAUUCCACCGCCUGCCGCUGUUGUUGAUUUGUUUGACAAGCUUUCUUUGAAUUCUGAACAUUGCCAUGAAAAUCCGAUUAUAAGAAACACUACUCCAAAUCCAUUCCAUCUUCACACGGAGGAAAGAGGGGCCCAGAAGGAGAGGAGAUUUGUUAUGGAGCUCGUGCAUAAGCAGUUGGAAGCGGAAAGAGCUAGGAUUCCAAGGGCUAGCCCAUAUCCUUAUACCACUGACUAUCCUGUGAUUCCACCAAAACCAGAGCCCAAGCAAUGCACAAAACCAGAGCCUUUCCAGUUGGAAAGUCUGGUGAGGCAUGAGGAGGAAAUGCAGAGGGAAAUGGAUGAAAGAAGGAGGAUAGAGAAAGAAGCAGCCCAGAUGAGAAUUUUCAAGGCGCAGCCAGUUUUAAAAGAGGACCCUAUUCCAGUUCCAGAGAAAGUGCGCAAACCCCUCACUCAAGUUCAGGAAUUUAAUCUCCAUGUAGAUCAUCGAGCUGUGGAUAGAGCAGAUUUUGAUCAAAAGAUUAAGGAGAAAGAAACGAUGUACAAGAGAUACAGAGAGGAGAGCGAGGCAGCACGGAUGAUUGAGGAAGAGAAAGCCUUGAAACAACUGAGAAGGACAUUGGUUCCCCAUGCAAGACCAGUUCCUAGUUUUGAUCGUCCUUUCUGUCCCCAAAAGUCUUCCAAGGAAAUAACAAAAGCAAAGUCACCAAAUUUGCGUGUGCUCCAGAGAAAAGAAAGGCGUAAAGUGGUCAGAGCCGUGGCUGAUGCAGUUUCGAGUGCCGCCUCUCAUAUGAGAUGAAUUCAUGAGGGGGGGUGGGGGGACAAGUGUUCAAGAAUUCUUGAACCCCUGUAUAAGGUCUAUACAGGUUUUAGGUACUCCACUUUUGCCAAUAUGUACCAUUCAUUCAGAUAGAUGUAUCAACCUUGGAAAGAGAAAAAAGGUCGUUCCUAUUGAACAAUUCUGGUAGUAAAAUAGGAUUUUUUUUUAAAUGUGUGAAAUAGUUCCUUACCACAUUUCUUGACAAUUCCCGUCCCCAAUGUACCAUUCAUUCAGAUAUAGAGAAAAAAGGUGGUUCCUAUUGAACAAUUCUGGUAGUAAAAAUAGGAUUUUUUUUUU